GAGAGCGAACUGUCAACCGAAAAAAUGGUGCAGCAGGGGUCAGUGUAAAAUCGUAUCUCAUCAUAAUUUACCAAUUUUGCACGGUCAGCUUGUGAGUCCCUGUGGUCGUCGAUGUGAGUGUUGUCUAGUGUGCUUUUUGUACGUCCCCGGGCGCAUCCGGGAUGCAAUAAACCCGUAGACGUGCCGUGCCCCAAGUGCUUCAACAAGAACUCCCCCCUUGAAGAGCACCCGCAGAAACAGCAGUAGAGCAGUCUGUUUGCGCAAUAAAUUUCAAGCCUUUCGCAGCAACAAAAAGUGCGUACAGUCGUCCCACCAUCGGCAACCGAUCGAUGAUGAUAGUACCAGCAUUGAUUAGUGUCUAGCGAAGUGUGUCCUUGCCGGAAGAUUUGGGGGUUUAUUUGCGUGUGUAGCUGUUCUGAGCUGUGGUACCAUCCAUCUCCAUCGAUCGACGAAGAUCGUCGUACAACGUAAACAUCGCCGCCUGCUAGGAUUGGCUGUGCAAACGUCACAUUCCGUAGCAAAAACAUCUUGUCUGGAAUACUUACAACAAAACAAAAAAAGUUGGCAGCGGAAUUCGACGUUCGUAUUUGCUCAAAUUGAUUCUACGAAGCUUCGGUUCCGAAUCCAGAGAUUUACAUCAUCACCGAAAAAUCCUGACGAGAUACGUACGCGAUAAUCCAUUCUGGGGUGAUUUUGUGGCUCGGUGAAGCGAAAAAUCCGAUAAAUCGAACCACAUCGUGUGCAUUGCGAAUACCCCCCCCACUGCACGUGCAGCGGGAUUAGCUUGCGCCCGAACAGAAGGCAGACCGCCACAGCACAGAAAUCCAUCAAGUGCCCGCUACCACCGUCCGUGCGCUACCGCCUCAUCAUCGUGUCCACCGUGCAUAAUGUUCUAUCAAUGUCGCGCCGUGUUAUGUUGUGUUUCGUAAGCUCUGCUCCACUGCAGGAACGCUUGCUUCGCAUAGGUGUACUUGUACGUCCGUAUGGGUCUCGCACAGACCACAGAAGAAAGUAGCAGCAGCUGCAUUAUAUAAGCCAUUCGUUGAACCGAGCCGACCGGACAGUCCGCAAGGCACCACUAAGCAUAGACGUCCGGAGGAAAACCGGGUGCUAGUAAUCAGCAGCGCACAUUUAUCCUAUCCGCCAUCGUCGGUGUGCAGCUGCAGAGAGUCGCUGCAUCGGUCUUUUCCCGGGCGAAGUUAGAGUCUUCAGUACGGCAACAGCACUGCAGCGGCCCCCGAACAGCGUGGCCCCGAAACUGCUGCAACGAUGAAAUGCGCCCACCUGCACAACAUCGUGCAGCUCUCGCUGGUGGAGUUGUGCAAGCUGAAAAAGGAUGAAUCCUGCACGGAUUGCGAAACCAACGGACCAAACCUGUGGAUAUGUCUGCAGAAGAACUGUCUCCAUAUAGGAUGUUCGGAACAGUACAAGGAUCACAGCACCAUCCACUUCCAAUCGAACCGAGCGCACUGCAUCCACAUGAACCUGUCCUCCCAGCGGGUGUGGUGUUACCUGUGCGAGUCCGAACUGUUCCUUACCAAGCCGCAACCCCAUCCGCAUCUACAGCAGCAGCAGCAGCAGCAGCAGCAACAACAACACCAUCACCACUAUCACCACCAUCGACGGACGUCAGUGGUGAGCAACGAUUCGAGCGAAACGAGCCGCUAUUCGUCUGUUAACAAUGACAAGUUGAUCGUACACGAGGACAAGCUCGUAUCGGGCGCCACGCCAACCGGAAGUGGCACCGCGUCCGCUGGCUACGGUGGUGGCACAACGACCGGCGAUUCCUGUGAUAGCAGCGGCGAGGAGGACGAUUUCGAACGGCAUGGCAAAUGGAACGGGCUGGUCGGGUUGCAAAAUCUUGCCAACACGUGCUACAUGAAUGCGGCCCUGCAAGCGCUAAGCAACAGUCCCCCGCUGACCGGCUACUUCCUGGACUGUGGCGCCAUUCUCGAGACGGAUCUGCUCGGCGGCACCAACCCGUCCGUCGCGAAGCCCGGUUUGGCCAAGCACUAUCACAAGCUGAUCCGCGAGAUGUGGUGCAAAAACCGGCGGUACGUCGUGCCGAGCGGCAUCCUGUGCGGGAUCCGCAUUGUGCAUCCGAUGUUCCGUGGCUACCAGCAGCACGACACGCAAGAGUUUUUGCGCUGCUUUAUGGAUCAGCUGCACGAGGAGCUGAAGGAGGUGACGGCUCCACCACCACCGGAUGUGGUACUGGCGCGCGGGGCAGCCGAUGACUUUGACGACCAUUCGGAUGGACAGCCGUCACCGUGCUCGUCGCCCACGCCGUCGCAAUCGGAGGGUGAGUAUGAAACGUGCGACAGUGGUGUAUCGGAACGGUCGAGCCUUUCCGACGAUCAGCUGUCCCCGACGAAGCUGUCUGGCAGUAAGCGGUUCCGCAAGCUUUCAUCCCGCUCGCCGAGUCCACCCGGAUCAGGGCUCGGUGGUGAGGUAAACCAAAGAAUGGUCCAGCCAGCUGUUCGAACGGUUCCACGGUCCAGCUCAGUCCGGCAGCAAUCGCCCGUCGGUAGCAAUCGCUCGAAUGCGAGCACCGUUUCGACAGCUAGCGUGAAUAUUGGGGGUGCGUCGGGCAGUCCGGGAAGUGGUGGUGGUGGUGGUGGUGGAGGCGGAAGCGGUGAUCCUUCGGAUGGUGGCAGCACGAAGGAAAAGUUGCCGCAACGCUCGAUCAUUAGUGAUAUCUUCGAUGGCAAGCUGCUGUCGUCGGUGCAAUGUUUGACGUGCGAUCGGGUUUCGACGCGGGAGGAAACAUUCCAAGAUCUUUCGUUGCCAAUCCCGGGGAAGGAUCAUCUGGCGGUGCUGCACCAAACCCACCCGGGCAUGGGCUCUUCGGGAGGCGGCCCGGGCUCCGGUGUUUCGUCCGUGUCGUCUGGCGGUAGUGGUGCGAGCGGAAGCGUUUUGGGCGCGGGAUCAAGCAGCGGAUCGGGUGGAAGUACUGGCGGCGGCAUUACCUGCUCGGACGCGGUGUACCCGGUGAACGGCGACAGUUGGCUGUGGUGGUUCUGGAACUCACCGUUCUGGAGUUGGGUGCGGUCGUGGUUCUGGGGACCGGCCGUUACGCUGCACGACUGUAUGGCGGCGUUCUUCAGUGCGGACGAGCUAAAGGGCGACAACAUGUACAGCUGCGAACGGUGCAACAAGCUGCGCAACGGUGUAAAGUACUCGCGUGUGCUUGCGCUGCCGGAGAUGCUGUGCGUGCACUUGAAGCGUUUCCGGCACGAUCUGUCGUACAGUUCGAAAAUUUCUAGCCCGGUGCUGUUUCCGCUGUACGGGCUCGAUAUGAGACCGUACCUGCACAAGGAUUGCCGAUCCGAGGUGACCAUGUACGAUCUGUGCGCCGUUAUCUGCCAUCAUGGAACGGUCGGCGGAGGACACUAUACGAGCUUCGCGAAACACGAACCGACCGGCAAGUGGUUCGAGUUUGACGAUCAGCUCGUCACGCAGGUUACGCCGGAACACGUGCAGAGCUGCGAAGCGUACGUGUUCUUCUAUCGGAAGAACAACGCAAAGAUGGCCACGGUGCGGGCGCAGGCGAGCAAUCUGCUAACGAUGCAGGAGCAUGCAUCCGACAUUCGCUUUUACGUAUCGCGCAAUUGGCUUCAUCGGUUCAAUACAUUCGCCGAACCGGGACCGAUCGACAAUUGGACGUUGCUGUGCCCGCACGGUGCCUUUCCGCCGAACAAAGCGUCCCACUUCUCGAAGCUGGUCGUGCCAUUCCCGCAGGCUUUGUGGGACUUUCUGUACAAAAAAUUCGGCGGCGGUCCGGUGUGCAACCACAUCUUCCCGUGCCACAUAUGCAAGAAGGCAGCCGAAACGCUGUCCCGCCGGCAGCAUUACGAGCUGGAAACGUUUACCGCCUACAAUGACGACUUUAUGGUAGCUAUGAUGGUUGAGGUUAGCGAUAAACCGACCACGAUCUAUGCAAUUUCCAUGGCCUGGUUUCGCCAGUGGCAACUGUUUGCCCGUGGUCUUACGAACGAAGAUCCGGGACCGAUUCAAAACAAAUCGAUCGCCAUCCAGGGCGACACCAGUGUGCCGUUGCGGAGUGUCCGUCCGUUUUCGGACUAUGCGCAGAUAAACGCGAACCUUUGGCACUUUUUCCACGGCAUCUACGGUGGUGGGCCGGAAAUUGUUUUGCAGGGCAAUCCGGUUCCGCCGCCGGUUUUACACCAGGUACCGGCCGCCCAGCAAGAGGAGCAAGCAAAGCCACAACAGCAACAGCUACCAAAGGAACUGGUCCCAGAAUCCAUGGAUGUUUCAGAAGAAGGAUAUUCAGCGCCUGAAGCAGUAGUCGUCCGAUCGACCACCGUUACCAAGCAAACGGAUCAAGAUUCAGCGAUCGAAGUAACCAUAAGCGAGCCGUUACCAUCACCACCGCCACAGCAGCAGCAGCAGCAGCAUUCGGAUACGUCAACAAGCAACGUGGCAAGCGCUUCUGGCGCUACGAGGCCACAGAAAAGUGUUUCGUUUGAGGAUACGGAUGCGUAUCACGACGAGGACAGCAGCGGCGAUGAACUAGGCGAAGAGAAUGGGCACAGCUCCAUGAAGCAGCAAUCAUUCGCCCCUACCUCCAAGCGGAAGACACACACAAAGACUACGGGUUCAUCGCGCCGUCAUGAGCCGGGCGGCAAAACGUCCGGACCGUCUGACGCAACCAUGCCAACGGGCUUCAAACGCAAACAGCAGCACCCGGUGAGCGGUAAGCAUCAGUCGGAGGCAAUUCCGGUGAUGAAUGGCGAUGGUACAGGAGCGGGCAACACGGCGACAGCUGCGGUCAGUGCCGCUGUACGCGGUGUAGAGCAUCUGGAGAUUGGCAGCAAAAAGGAUCGAAGACACCGCGGUAGCCUGAUGAAGGCGAACGGUUUCUUUGGCCCCGAAGGCAAAUAUCAAAGCUCAUCAAACGAUUACGCCAACGGAGGAAAAGACGCUACUGCUGUGGGUCCCGACACUAACUCGACACUUCCACGGACAGAAUCAUUAUCCUUUCAUUCGAUCUCUACCGUGGGCAUGAAUGGAGGAGGACGCUCCAUUUCCAGCUCCGUCUCCGUUCCUACUUUCGCCGGACAAACGACCACCAGCAAAAUGACUGUGGACGAGCUAGCGUCACUGCUAUCACUAGCGCAACCGACCGUAGAUCCGACGCCGACCAACAGUAGCAGUGCAAACAGCCACGAUCAGGACGCAGAGUUACGCGAGGACGACAAUGAUAGCAAAACUGGCAGCAGCUCUUUGCCCUCGACCACUUCCAGUGCCAAAACGUCGUCCCGCAAGGGACACCAUCGUCCAACCGGCGCGGACACACUGUCCGCCGGCUCGGUGACGGAGAAAAUUGCCGGAGGUAUGUCACUCGGCCGGCGGAAGCUAAAGAUGAAGUAUAUGAAAAAGUUGGCCGGCCGAAAGUCGGGCAGCAGCGGUGCACGUGGACGCAAUGGGACGCUGAUUGACGGGGGCGAUGGUGCCGACGAUGACGGCGGUGCCACGGUGAUACCGUUAGCGCUGAAUGGCGUUAGUGAGCAUGUCGGUGGUGAGGAUGGUGAGGGCGUGAAAUGAGAACGGUUGCGUCGUUUCCGCUUUCCAUCGCUACGAUGAAGCGCGAAGCGGGGGCGGGAGCUGGUGAAACAUUUUCGUAUAUCGCAUUUCUUCGUUAGAAUGGUUACGUUUUACAGUAAUUAUGCAGUUCUUUUUCCGGGUUAGCUUUCGUCUGGUGGAAGAGCCAUCUUCCAUCUCCCUGGUAUUGGUGUGCCCAAGUGUGUUAGUUGGUUGAAUAAUAAUUCCAUUUUAUUCAUUCGUCCUUUACUGCCCUUCUAUGCUUAUCGAACGUUAGUUUAACCAUUUUAUUCUUACCAAUAAAUGGGAGGGCUUUAACUGUGGGAUUACGGGACGGGGUUUGCUUAGAAAUAGUGAGUAAGCAGCAGCCAGCGCGCAUUGUUUAGAUAUUCAUAUUUAUUUAAACAACGAUUUAUGUUCUCGACGACGAUUUAGAACGCUUAAAGGGUUUACGUGUAAGUGGAAGUUGCAAGUUAGUUGUUGUGCAAUGUUUUUCUUGUCUCGUGUUGGCUAUAAGUUAGUUGUAUUUACCGUCUGUUUCUUACUAUCCUUACUUCGUUCACCUUCGUUUGUUGUGUUGUGUUGAGGUUCCCGAUGGAAGCCUCUCGGUGUACCAGUAGAGUGCGCAGAAAGAACGGCUAGGCCGUACGUCUUGAAAAACAAAACGAUGAUUUCUGUGUGGAUAAAAUGUGAAGCCAAAAAGAGGAAAGCAAAAUGCAAAAUUAGAAACUAUCGAAAAGCAAUUAGUGAUGCACAGAUACGACCCUCGCGGUGGUACGGGAAAAAACAAACAUCAAAUUAAACAUUCAACACAAAUACAGAGUAAAGCACUCCUUUCUGCUCUAGGGCCUAGGCCCCCCAAGUCUUGUAAUUUUUAGGGGAAAAGUGGGUUAAGGAACUCAUUCCGUUUCGGAUUCGGUGCUUGGUAGGUAGUAGAGUUUAAAAUUGCAAAAAAGCCAAUUCUCUCCCAAGGCAGGGCAGGGACACAGCAACGGUUUAGAUGUUAUGAUUAGUUUAAUCUUGUGAUUUAAAACAAAAAUGGUUCAAACGUUCAUACACACACACACUGUUCAGCAUCAUUCGGGUGAUUAGGAAGGGCUCUAGGACGUGAUACGCAUUUCUGGGAUGGUAUUUCUGUAAACUAUUACGGUUGCGGUUAGGUUGUAAUGAUAUACAGGUAGAUUUAAAUCAGCCAAGAGCGAUUCAUUCGGCAAUUUCGUGCUAUAGGAAGAAUUGAAACAAAAAACCGGGAUCAGGAGGCAAUGCUCGACUGCCUGGCUUGAGGAGUCCGCCGGUGUGAAUGCUCUGUAGCGUUUUUCCGGGUUCCAAAUUCGCAUGCACCUCUUGAACAUGAAUAAAACAGCUACAAACUACAAAGUUUACCAAUUCCAAAGAAAAAAAAGAA